AUGGCCAUGGCCCGCAUAGGAGCAAGUUUGGAUCACCAGGGCGUACUUCCAGCCAUUGGCCCAGUGAAAAAGCAAGACCUGGUAACCUUGCAGAGUGCUGGAGGCUUGAUUGGCAUCGUCGAGAGAAGCGGGCGUCGCGAGAGCUCGGCAACCGGAUCUGUGCUGCCCGAUAUGGCUGUUGCAGAUGACUCCGCAGUCGAGUUACAACGACUCACUUCGUCCGAGGAGGGUCGUAAAAGCGUGAAAGGUGACACCACAAGUGUUAAGCUUGAGCUAGAUGGGUCGGGUCCGAUCCUCACGGCCGAUUUGUUGGGCCGCACGACUUUAUCAUCUGGUUUGAAGAGAGCUUGGAGCAAGAUGUUUGUUUCUGGGAAACAGCCAUCAGUCGAUGAUCUGCCAUCACCACCUACGUCUCCUCGAAGCGACACCUCCACUAACCUCCCCGCUUUCACCCUGCUGCCCUCCUUCAGCUUCUCAACUCACCCAGAUGACGAUGAAAUGUCUAUUUUAGAAUAA